UUUCCUUCCCACUCUUGUUGACUGCGGGCUGUUCUUGCUGGUCGGUGCCCCAGGGCCAGGAGAGGUCUGACGAGACCUGGGAGCCAGUAGCCCUGGGCUCCGCUCUUGGGUUCUGAAAGCCUGUUCCUUGCUCUGCGGCUCCUCCUACCCCACCUCUUCUCAGCCUUGCAGCUCCACGGUUGAUCUCAGGAGUCCAGGACCCAGGAGAGGGAAGAAUCUGAGGAACACAGAACAGUGAGUGUUGCCCACACCCCAUCCCCCGUCACCACAUCUCCCCUCCCCCUCCCCCUCCCUGCCUGGUCCUGGGCCCCAUCCCAGCACCUCCCUGUCAGCUGACUUCUUCCAGGGUCUCGCAGGCCCCUCUGGGCCCCUCCCUCCCCUGGCUUUUCCUACCACUCCGCCUCCAUCGGCAUCUAUCUGCAGGUGCCCUGGGAUUUGUAAAACUGGGCUCUGAAUGCUGAAUAGGAGACGGUAAGAGCAAGGCAAAGGACAGCACUGUUCUCUGCCUGCCUGAUACCCUCACCACCCGUGAACCAUCCCCCAGACACGCCCUGAAUUCUGGGACAGAGAUGGCUGGCGGAGCCUGGGGCCGCCUGGCCUGUUACUUGGAGCUCCUGAAGAAGGAGGAGCUGAAGGAGUUCCAGCUUCUGUUCACCAGUAAAGUGCACUCCAGCGGCUCUUCAGGUGAGACACCCGCUCGGCCGGAGAAGACGAGUGGCAUGGAGGUGGCCUCAUACCUGGUGGCUCAGUAUGGGGAGCAGCGGGCCUGGGACCUAGCCCUCCGCACCUGGGAGCAGAUGGGGCUGUGGUCACUGUGCACCCAAGCCUGGGAAGGGGCAAGCUACUCUCCCUCCUUCCCCUACAGCCCGAGUGAACCCCACCUGGGGUCUCCCAGCCAACCCACCUCCACCGCAGUGCUGAGGCCCUGGAACCGUGAAUUGCCAGCGGAGUGCACCCAGGGCUCAGAGAGAAGGGUUUUGAGACAGCUGCCUGACACAUCUGGACACCGCUGGAGAGAAAUCUCUUCCUCACUCCUCUACCAAGCUUUCCCAAGCUCCCCAGACUUUGAGUCUCCAAGCCAGGAGUCGCCCAAUGCCCCCACAUCCACAGCAGUGCUGGCGAGCUGGGGAUCCCCACCUCAGCCCAGCCUAGCACCCAGAGAGCAGGAGGCUCCUGGGACCCAGUGGCCUCUGGAUGAAACGUCAGGAAAUUACUACACAGGAAUCAGAGAAAGAGAGAGAGAGGAAUCAGAGAAAGGCAGGCCUCCAUGGGAGGCAGCAGUAGGAACGCCCCCACAGGUGCACACCAGCCUACAGCCCCACCACCACCCAUGGGAGCCUUCUGCGAGAGAGAGCCUCUGUUCCACAUGGUCCUGGAAAAAUGAGGAUUUGAACCAAAAUUUCACACAGCUGCUACUUCUACAAAGACCUCACCCCAGAAACCAUAAGCCGCUGGUCAAGGGAAGCUGGCCUCAUGAUGCGGAGGAGGAUGUGGAGGAGGAUCGAGGACGUUUAAUUGAGAUCAGAGACUUAUUUGGCCCAGGCCUGGAUACCCAAGAACCUCGCAUAGUCAUACUGCAGGGGGCUGCUGGAAUUGGGAAGUCAACACUGGCCAGGCAGGUGAGGGAAGCCUGGGGGAGAGGCCAGCUGUAUGGGGACCGCUUCCAGCAUGUCUUCUACCUCAGCUGCAGAGAGCUGGCCCAGUGCGAGGCGGUGAGUCUCGCUGAACUCAUCGGGAAAGACUGGACAGCCGCUCAGGCUCCCAUUAGACAGAUCCUGUCCAGGCCAGAGCGGCUGCUCUUCAUCCUCGACGGUGUGGAUGAGCCAAGAUGGGUCUUGCAGGAGUCGAGUUCCGAGCUCUGUCUGCACUGGAGCCAGCCGCAGCCGGCGGAUGCACUGCUGGGCAGUUUGCUGGGGAAAACCAUACUUCCCGAGGCAUCCUUCCUGAUCACGGCUCGGACCACAGCUCUGCAGAACCUCAUUCCUUCUUUGGAGCAGGCACGCUGGGUAGAGGUCCUGGGGUUCUCUGAGUCCAGCAGGAGGGAAUAUUUCUACAAAUAUUUCACAGAUGAAAGGCAAGCAAUUAGAGCCUUUGGGUUGAUCAAAACAAACAAAGAGCUCUGGGCCCUAUGUCUCGUGCCCUGGGUGUCCUGGCUGGCCUGCACCUGCCUGAUGGAGCAGAUGAAGCGGAAGGAAAAACUCACACUGACCUCCAAGACCACCACGACCCUCUGUCUGCAUUACCUUUCCCAGGCUCUCCAAGCUCAGCCGUUGGGGCCCCAGCUCGGGGACGUCUGCUCUCUGGCUGCUGAGGGUAUCUGGCAAAAAAAGACCCUUUUCAGCCGAGAUGACCUCAGGAAACAUGAGUUAGAUGGGGCCAUCAUCUCUACCCUCUUAAAGAUGGGUAUUCUUCAAGAGCACCCCAUCCCUCUGAGCUACAGCUUCAUUCACCUCUGUUUCCAGGAGUUCUUUGCAGCAAUGUCCUAUGCCUUGGAGGAUAAGAAGGGGAGAAGUAAACAUGCUAAUUGCAUCAUAGAUUUGGAAAAGUUGCUAGAAGCAUAUGGAACGCAUGGCCUGUUUGGGGCACCAACCACACGUUUCCUAUUGGGCCUGUUAAGUGAUGAGGGGAAGAGAGCGAUGGAGAACAUCUUUAACUGCCGGCUGUCUCAGGGGAGGAACCUGAUGCAGUGGGUCCCGUCCCUGUGGCCCCUGCUGCAGCCACACUCUCUGGACUUCCUCCACUGUUUGUACGAGACUCAGAACAAAAUGUUCCUGACACAAAUGAUGGCCAAUUUCCAAGAAAUGGGCAUGUGUGUGGAAACAGACAUGGAGCUCCUGGUGUGCACUUUCUGCAUUCAAUUCUGCCGCCACGUGAAGAAGCUUCAGCUGAUUGAGGGCAGGCAGCACAGACCAGCAUGGAGCCCCACCGGGAUAGUCCUGUUCAGGUGGGUACCAGUCACGGAUGCCUACUGGGAGAUUCUCUUCUCCGUCUUCAAGGUCACCAGAAACCUGAAGGAGCUGGACCUAAGUGGAAACUCGCUGAGCCACUCUGCAGUGAAGAGUCUUUGUAAGACCCUGAGACGCCCUCGCUGCCUCCUGGAGACCCUGCGGUUGGCCAGCUGUGGCCUCACAGCUGAGGACUGCAAGGACCUGGCCUCUGGGCUGAGAGUCAACCAGAACCUGACCGUGCUGGACCUGAGCUUCAAUGUGCUCACGGAUGCUGGAGCCAGACACCUUUGCCAGAGACUGAGUUGGCCGCGCUGCACGCUACAGCGACUGCAGCUGGUCAGCUGUGGCCUCACAUCUGGGUGCUGCCUGGACCUGGCCUAUAUGCUCAGCACCAGCCCCAUCCUGAUGGAGCUAGACCUGCAGCAGAACAACCUGGGCGACACUGGUGUGCGACUGCUGUGUGAGGGGUUCAGGCAUCCUGCCUGCCAACUCACACGCCUGGGGCUGGUCAGCUGUGGCCUCACGUCUGGCUGCUGCCAGGACCUGGCCUCUGUGCUCAGCGCCAGCCCCUUCCUGAUGGAGCUAGACCUGCAGCAGAACAACCUGGGCGACACUGGUGUGCGACUGCUGUGUGAGGGGCUCAGGCAUCCUGCCUGCCAACUCACACGCCUGGGGCUGGACCAGGCGACUCUGAGCGAUGAGAUGAGGCAGGAGCUGAGGGCCCUGGAGCAGAAGAAGCCUGAGCUGCUCAUCUUCAGCAGAUGGAAACCAACUGGGAUGAUCCCCGAUGAGGGCCUGGGUACAGGAGAGACGAGUAAUAGCACGUCCUCACUCAAGCGGCAGAGACUCGGAUCAGAAACCGAGUCUUCCCAUGUUGCUCAGGCUGAUUUCAAACCCCUGGACUGGAGCAAUCCUCCUGCCAAAGCCUCCCAAAUUGCUGGGAUUACAGAGGGAAGCUCCCCAGAGGUGGAACAGGUGGAACCCUUGUGCCUGCCUUCACCUGCCUCUCUAGGGGACCAGGAUACGCCUUUGGGGACUGACGAUGAUUUCUGGGGCCCCACGGGGCCUGUGGCUACUGAGGUAGUUGACAAAGAAAGGAGCCGGUACCGAGUUCACUUCCCUGUAGCUGGCUCCUACCGCUGGCCCAACACAGGUCUCUGCUUUGUGGUGAGAGAAGCGGUGACCACUGAGAUUGAAUUCUGUGUGUGGGACCAGUUCCUGGGUGAGAUCAACCCACAGCACAGCUGGAUGGUGGCAGGGCCUCUGUUGGACCUCAAGGCUGAGCCCGGAGCCGUGGAAGCUGUGCACCUCCCUCACUUUGUGGCUCUCCAAGGGGGCCAUGUGGACACGUCCCUGUUCCAAGUGGCCCACUUUAAAGAGGAGGGGAUGCUCCUGGAGAAGCCAGCCAGGGUGGAGCUGCAUCACAUCGUUCUGGAAAACCCCAGCUUCUCCCCCUUGGGAGUCCUCCUGAAAGUGAUCCAUGGUACCCUGCGCUUCUUUCCCGUCAACUCCCUGGUGUUGCUUUACCACCGCCUCCAUCCUGAGGAAGUCACCUUCCACCUCUACCUGAUCCCAAGUGACUGCUCCAUUCGGAAGGCCAUAGAUGAUGAAGAAACGAAAUUCCAGUUUGUGCGAAUCCACAAGCCACCCCCGCUGACCCCACUUUAUAUGGGCUGUCGUUACACCGUGUCUGGGUCUGGUUUGGGGAUGCUGGAGAUACUCCCCAAGGAACUGGAGCUCUGCUAUCGAAGCCCUGGAGAAGCCCAGCUGUUCUCGGAGUUCUACGUUGGCCACUUGGGAUCAGGGAUCAGGCUGCAAAUGAAAGACAAGAAAGAUGAGACUCUGGUAUGGGAGGCCUUGGUGAAACCAGGGGUGGCACAAAGAGAAGAGGACAGAGCACAAGCAACCAAAUCUGUUCUCUCUGAGGAAGAUCAUAUGCAGAGAGCAGAGGUCUGUGUGUGUGAAAGAAAACGGGAAGGAUGAAAAUGUCCAGAGUGGUGAGUUCUGCUGGGCCCUGGAAUGCAGCUGAGGUGCUGGAAGCGCUGAGUUCUCUCUAGUGAGAGAAAACACACCGUGGAAAGCUAAACAUCUGAUGCAGAACCAUAGCACUGAGCAGGAAGAAGCCAUCCGUGCCCAGCUAGGCUAAACUAGACCUGCGGUAGGCUGUGAGUAGGGCCAGCUUCCUGGAGGUGCAGCCUGUGCAAUGGCAGUAGGCCCCCAUGCUUGGGGUUUAAUGCAUGGCAGUCACUGCCUUGAAAUUCUUAAUAAUUGUAUCUUUGAAUGUGUGCUUUGUAAGUGAAGUCUGAUGGGACCUGGAGCGUGCAUAGGGGCAGGAAGGGAGGAUAGGGAGGCUUGGAGCCACAGCUCAUGUGGAAUCCCGCCUGCCAGGUGCCACCUCACAGCCCCCAGACAGGUUCUUGACUUCCCGCUGUCUGCCCCAUGGAGCCCCAGGCUUUACUCAGCCUCCCCUUCUCUGCCUUGCUCAGCAAUCACUGCUACCUCUAUCCCCAGCAGGGGACUGAGUGGAGCACAGGGAUGGUCAGCAUUGGGUGUGAGCUCCCAGAAGCCUCUCAGGGUGGGGCAGGCAGCUGACCCUGCAUUGGGCUAGAAGUACCACAGCACCUUCAGCAGGUGACUAGGCCUAUCCAGGCACAUCCUGGUGUAGAGGUUGCAAUACACUUGGAGGUUUCCCAUCAACGGUGGGUUUGGGUAGUGGACCUGUGGAAAGGGGAGAUUCCUGGCUUGACUUCCCUUCUCCUAGCCAGGGCAUGCACAGAAAUUAGAAAUUGGCAGGAGAGAAAUUCAGCAGCCAGUUUCAAAGCAACCAUGGUUUCCAGGAUAACAAACAGCUCUAGCCCAGGCAGCAGAGAUUCCUGCAAGGUCCUUCUCUCCCACCCACCCAUGGACACAUA